ACGAAUUGGAAGAGCUAGAUUACAGUAAAGAGAAUCGGCUGUCAAUCCCGCUAACGGAUCCCCCGGAAUAUAUCACUGUGUUUUAUUUUACGGAGAAUAAAUUUGCGAUUGACCCAGCAGCCAUUCGCUGUCCUUGACUCUUCUUUGCCAAGUUCUUAUCGAGCGAGAAUACCUUCCCCUUUUCUCUUUUUGUGGUUCGGUUUUCUUAUCGAUUCCGAGUAAGGGAGUCUCUGCAUUCUAGCAGAAGAAGUUCUUGUUAAGUUAUAUCGGUGCUGUCGAUGGUUUAUGAUUGUUCUUGUGUCUGAUUAUUCAGAGAGCAGAAUGGCGCUAGCGAGCUUGAGUAACAUUGCUGACCCGGGCAAAGAGCUGCAGUUGAUGUUCUCUGUUUCUGCUGGCUUCAUCAUGUGCAAGAUAGUGUAUGACUUAACAGGUGUAGUAAGCCCUUUCUUGUAUAAGGGAUUCAUGAAACUUGAUGACAAAACUAGAGUUGAAUGGAAGAACCGUGGAUUUUCUACCUUUCAUGCUCUGGUUGUGGCUGUUGCAUCGCUGUACCUCUUGGUUGGAUCCAAUCUUUUUUAUGACAGUUCUCAAGAAGAAUUAGUUAUCAACCGGACAUCAUCUUUCUCAAACACCAUACUAGGGAUUUCUACUGGUUAUUUUCUUGUUGAUUUGGCGAUGAUUUGUUAUUAUUUCCCUGCUUUAGGCGGAUUUGAAUAUAUCUUUCACCAUGGGCUCUCAUUGUUAUCAAUUCUUCAAUCCCUUUUGAGUGGGCAAGGACUGAUAUACAUACUGAUGGUUCUGUUUUCUGAGGUCACCACUCCAUUUGUUAACUUGAGAUGGUACCUGGACGCAGCUGGUCAGAAAAGCUCUAAACUUUACCUUUUAAAUGGGGUGGCUUUGUUUUUUGGGUGGCUGGUAGCAAGGAUAAUUUUGUUCAUCUACUUUUUCUACCACAUGUUCACCCACUUUGAUCAGGUCAAGAAAGUGUUUCUGAUAGGCUUCUAUACCUUGCUGCUAGUGCCUCCUGUGUUGACAGCGAUGAAUGUAUUCUGGUUUACUAAAAUUGCCAAGGGUAUGGUGAAAACGCUGGCAAAGGCUCAACACAACAGAUAACCUUUUGUCCAGUUCUCCCUUCAUGGAUGAUACAACAAAAGAAUGAGUUGUCUUUCCACUGGGGUUUCUUUGAAUGCUAGUAGCAGAAAAGUAAUUUUUGACAUGCCAAGUGGACUUUAGUUGACUGUAGAAAUUUGGGGUUAUAGUGUGCUGCUGUAUAAUGAUAGUCUCACAUUGAACAAUUUUCUAAUACAAGGUAUUUUAAUCCGGUUGUAUGGGGUGUAUGUUUUUCCCUACGAAGGAUGUUUGAAGUUUGCCUACUCUUAACAUGGUUCAAUAGAAAGUGCUAUAGUUAAGUUUGGUUCUCAUGAUCGUAAUUAUAAGAA